AACAUGUGCAGGCUCAAGUCGAACGAGGCUGUCUGCUGUUCUUGCAGAACCUCCACACGUGUUAUGAUCAUUUAGAAAAUAAAUCUUAACUAAUUGUUUCUGACUUUACGUCUGGGCUAGUGGUAUAUCAGGGAAAGACAUGUUUGCCGAGGAGGACGAAUGGAACGAUGACCAAGAGGCUAAAGCUCUGACGCGCGCCGUCAUCCAUGGCACCGAACAGUCGGACAGCACAAACGUCACGCAAAAGGGGGUUGGCAAGAAGAAGAGCCUUUUGCGAACUCUUCAGACUCUGGGGUCGAUUCCAAACUGGGACAAUGAGGCCCAGCGUGGGGGCAGCGACAGCGACACCGAGGGGGUCCCCUCUCACACCAAGAGGAAGAAGAAGAGGUGCAAGAAACGAAAGAGAGGUCACGCAGCCGGGACUGAGGCCGAGGCGACGGCGAAGCAGCAAACCACGGAGGAACAUUCGGGGACUGCUGUGAAGAAAAAGAAGAAAUCUAAAGAAGCAAAGCCAGGCAAACCAGAGCUUGCAAGGGACAGGCAAAGAAAAGAUUCACAACCAGAGAAGGAGAAGGAGGAGGAGAAGGAGAAGGACAAAGCAGAAGGUGGGGAGAAGCUGAGCAGACAGCAGUGGAAAAACAAGAUGAAGAAUAAGAGGAAGUGCCAUAACAAGUACCGGCAACAGGGGCAAGCGACGCCAAACGCCCCCAAGGCAGAGACCAAACUGCAGGAACCAGGGGGCGGGAAGCAGGCACCUCCUGUCCUAAAUGGUGAGAAGGAAGCUGUAUUGGCACAGACUCCUAAACAAGAAACAAAAGCGCAAAAGCAGAAGAAGCUGAAACCAAAGAAGAGGAAAAGGCCUGAGGAGGGGGAAGAGGAGACCAACUCCAGCCCCAGCUCUGGGAACACUGAGUCAGUCAUACCCAAAAAAGACCUGGCAAAUAAAGAACCCAAGCUGAGAGGUGAAACAGAAAGAACUGCUGAAUCUGCUACAAAAGAUUCCGUUCCCGAGGAAAAGAUUGUCCAGACAGAGAAAACGGAGAAGGACCCUGAGGUCAGCGCGAAGAGGAAAUGGCGGGAGAGCAAAGAGAAGAGAAUCCGGGCCGAGAAGCUUCGGCGGAUGUUGAACAGCGAGGGCUUGGACAGCAAGGAGAGGUCCACCGAGGAGGAGGAGGAGAAGGAGGUGGAGGAAGACACCCCCAGCGGAGCAGGGGAGGAGGGGGUCGUCCCGGAUCGCUCGGCCGCCCUGAGGUCCCGCAUGGAGCAGCGGCUGGAGUCGGCCCGCUUCCGCUACAUCAACGAGCAGCUGUACACCUCGUCCAGCGGCGAGGCCCGGCGUAUGUUCCGGCAGGACCCCCAGGCCAGGGGCAUCUACCACCGCGGCUACACUGCACAGGUCCAGCGCUGGCCAGCUAAUCCUGUGGAUGCCAUCAUCUCCUUCAUCAGGAACAAGCCUGCCUCUUUGGUGGUGGCAGACUUCGGCUGCGGAGACUGCAAGAUUGCGCGCAGCGUCAAGAACAAGGUGCACAGCUUCGACCUGGCGCCCGUCUGUGACCUCGUCACCGUCUGCGACAUGGCUGAUGUACCGCUGCGCGACGCUUCUGUGGACAUCGCUGUGUUCUGUCUCUCCCUCAUGGGGACCAACCUCCGGGACUUCCUGGUGGAGGCCAACCGUGUGCUGGUGAUGGGGGGAGUGCUGAAGAUUGCGGAGGUGGCCAGCAGGUUUGAGAACGUGCGCAGCUUCGUCAGCGCCCUGUCCGGUUUGGGCUUCAAGCUGGUCUCAAAGGACACAGAAAACACCCACUUCUACUCGUUUGAGUUUGUGAAGACGGGAGAUGCGCCGGAGAGCUACAAGAAAUCCGGGCUGGAGCUGAAACCUUGCGUGUACAAGAAACGAUGAGAGAAGCGACGAGCAGUGGGACGUGUUUAGCAUGGCAGAGGUGAGACAGAGAAUGAUGGGAAAUGAAGUUCUCUGAAGACCACUCCCAGC